GUGCAGCGCCUCUAUGAACAUUUCUAUUCUCUAGCUUCGACCAUCACUGCUAGUUGCUCGGUACUUUGUAAAGAUAUCUCGUCUGAAAGAUGGAAUCGUCGACUCUUCAAGUUUUAUUCCUAUUCUUUCUCCUGCAAGCAUUUUCAUUCGUACUUGGCCUGAACAUUGAAGAUCCAUUUCACUGGGCUCACGUAUCACCAAGUGAUAAAUUGGAAUGGGUCGACUGUUAUAUCGAUUUUCAAUGUACACGUCUGAAGGUCCCCCUCAACUACUCUGAGCCGGAAGGCGAAACGAUUGCUAUCGCAAUCGUUCAGUACCCCUCCAGUUUCCAGAGAAACUCCUCUGAUUACUUGGGACCCAUCCUCUUCAAUCCUGGUGGACCUGGCGGAAGUGGUGUAGAUCUUCUUCGUACAACAGGACCCAUCUUCUCGGAGCUUUUUGAUUCUAGGUUUGAUAUCGUUAGCUUCGAUCCUCGCGGCGUCGCUCGUUCGGCCCGUGUAUCCUUCUUUGACACUGAUGUUGAACGGGAACUCUGGGCCUAUAACGUGGUGGAGGAACUUGGCGGCAAACCUGAAGGGGUCUCAAUGGCUUGGGCAAAGGCCGCUAUCACUGGUCGUCUUGCUGCUGAACAUGAUACGGGCAUUUUAGCCCACAUCAAUACAGACCAUACUGCGCGCGAUAUGCUCAAGAUCACGCAAGCAUAUGGAUAUGAAAAGAUACAAUAUUGGGGUUUCUCGUACGGGACUGUCCUAGGCGCAGUCUUUGCCUCCAUAUUUCCGGAUAACGUAGGGCGGAUCAUUAUUGACGGCGUUGUCGAUGCAGACAACUACUAUGCCACGCUAUGGUCCAACAACUUAGAAGACUCUGACAAGGCGCUGCAAGCCUUCUUCGAUGGAUGUUUUAAAGCCGGUCCUCAGAACUGUCCUUUCUAUGCAGAUAGUCCGAAAGCAAUAUCCAACAGGCUCGAUGCUCUGUACAAGAACAUUCGUAUAAAUCCGGUACCAGUGGCGCUGGAAUCGUCGUACGGGAUACUGGAUUAUCCUCGUCUUCGUAUGACUAUCUUCAUAUCGCUGUAUGCCCCACGAACCUUCUACCCCAUCCUGGCGCAAGCUCUCGCAGACUUGGAGUCGGGGAAUGGAGCACUUCUGUUCACGAUGACGAUGCCACUCGAGACCUUUGAAUGUUCUUGCGACCCUUCAACGACAGCUUUUGCAUCUGUCAGAGAUUCGCCAACGGCCAUUAUGUGUAACGACGGCGCUCCUGUUCCUAGAAGCCUGAAGGCUGCCCAAGAUCAUUAUGAUGAAAUGACAGCAGCGUUCGACUGGGGAAGUUUGUGGGCCGGAAUACGAAUUAGCUGCUCAGGAUGGCCUGAGUUACCGAAGAAUCACUUCCAAGGUCCUUUCAUUGCGAACACCAGUCAUCCGUUGUUGCUCAUCGGAAAUACGGCCGAUCCGGUUACUCCUCUAGCUGCGUAUGUCGACCCUGCUUGUGGCGGCUUCCUUAUCUCUGACUCACAGUUCCAUAGGGCGAAGCACAUGUCGAAAGGGUUCACGGGCUCCGUGGUUCUGACUCAAGAUUCACCAGGGCACUGUUCGUUGGCCGCUCCUUCUCUCUGUACCCAGCAAUAUAUCCGGGACUACUUUUUCAGUGGAACGCUGCCUGACCCGGACAUAGUAUGUCCUGUGAUAGGCGACCCUUUCACCAAGGCUACCAGUUUGAAGGAUGAUAAGCAGGCUGUGUUUUCGGCAGAGGAAAGACGCCGUCUGUCUGUGGCUCAAGAGCUGACUCGCUCUUUCGGUGCCGCACGAUGGAGCCCUCUGUCAAUUGCUAUCUGAUCAUUAUGCCUCAUGUUUUCAGAGUUAUGUCAAGUGUACCGCGGAAUUAAAGAAACAGCACCUUGAGCAGGACCAAUAUAUCGUGUACUCCGAUCAGUUGAAUAACAGAUACCAGAAAGAGCGGAGGUAAAAUGCUACUCAAGUACGGCGUCAGGUACCUUACUGACUUGGGCAAACAAUGAUGAAUUUGGGUAUGAUC